UCAGCCAAUGGCCUACAAGCCUGGAAAAUUUUGCAGGGCAGUUUUACUGGAUAGCUUUGCAGAGCUGUGCCAUUUGAAUUUAAGCACACACAUAUCCACACACUGUGCUCUCCAUUUCUGGCUCGUCUCCCAGCACAGAGAGCUUAGCGAGAUUUGGGUCUCUCUCUCUCUCCCCUCUGCAGCGACAGUUUCUCCAGGCUCUGCUAGUUAGGACUCCCCAAGCAAAUCAUGGAGGACACCACUCUGCAAAUUAUCGAACAACCAACUGCCUCUGAGACCUCUGAGGAGCAAGCAGCAGAGGAACCGAUCAAAUCAGACCAGAUCAAUGGGGUGAUGGUGCUGACCCUUUUGGACAAGAUCAUUGGGGCAGUGGAUCAGAUCCAGAUGACCCAGGCUCAGCUGGAAGAGAGACAGCAAGAGAUGGAUAGCGCAGUGUCCAGCAUCCAAGGCGAAUUGACCAAGCUCACAAAAGCACACACCACCACCAGCAACACUGUGAACAAGAUGCUUGAAAAAGUGCGAAAGGUGAGCGUCAAUGUGAAAACCGUCCGGCAGAACCUGGAGAAGCAAGCUGGGCAGAUCAAGAAGCUGGAGGUCAAUGAAGCAGAGCUGCUGAAGCGAAGGAACUUCAAAGUCAUGAUCUACCAGGAUGAAGUGAAGCUCCCAUCCAAGGUGAGCAUCAGCAAGUCUUUGAAGGAGACUGAGAAGCAAGAGAAGGAAGGGGAGGGUGAGGAGGAGCCCCUGGGUGAGGACCACGCUGAUGAGGACCGCAUCCAGCUUUCCUCAGAUGAGGAGGUGGAGAUUGAGGAAAUCAUUGAGGAAUCCCGGGCAGAGCGCAUCAAGAGAAGCGGCAUGAAGAGGGUGGAUGACUUCAAGAAAGCUUUCUCCAAGGAGAAGAUGGAGAAGACAAAGAUAAAGACCAAGGAAAACCUAGAGAAAACCAAGCAUAACCUGGAGAAGACCCGGCACAACCUGGAGAAGAGAAUGAACAAGCUAGGCACCAAGAUCGUGACCAAUGAAAGAAGGGAGAAGAUGAAGACCUCUCGGGACAAACUGAAAAAGUCUUUCACCCCUGACCACACCAUUUAUGCCAGGUCCAAGACAGCUGUCUACAAGGUGCCACCUUUCACUUUCCAUGUCAAGAAGAUCAGAGAGGGUGCAGUGGAAGUGAAAGCCACAGAGAUGGUGGAAGUGGGAGGGGAAGAGGCAGACACAGAUCUGAUGAGAGAGGAGAGCCCUGAGAUGCACACGCUGCUGGAGAUCACAGAGGAGUCAGACGCUGUGUUGGUGGACAAGAGCGACAGUGAGUAAAGAGGCAGAGGCGCGGGAGGGUUUCUGAACGGAUGGCUGAACACGUAACCUUUCACACUGCAAGAUCUCUCUUUGUCCUGGGAGCCCCAGGGACCGUAUACACGAUGCAUCCUUAUUACUCUGGAAAGCCAAAGCCACUCCCCCACCCUGGAGGACAAGGUGUCUUUUAUAUUUUAGUUUUAGCACAUAGAGGAGGUAGGAACACAGGACUUUUUCUUUUUUCUUACACCAUUAAACCAACCCUUGGAGACCAUUCCUGCUUCAGGCUGUGUCAGAGUUUGCAAGCUGCCAGGCCCAAAGUGACAAGCAUGCAGCCAAGCAGGACUGUGCUAAAACCAAGAUAACUGUUGUACACCUAGGAAACACUCUUUCACAGCAAGGUGAAAGACUUGGUGUCAAGAAUGCUUCCUGCUCAGCAACCUGCCCAGUGCCAGAGACCAUGGAGUCCAUGCAGUUAUUUCCCACCAAGGCAGAAGGAGGAGAGAACCCGGGAUCAGAGCUGGUGGGCAACAGCCCCAUCCCUCCCCAAGAGCUAUCCCCCAUGGCCAUUCGGUCACAGAUCUUCAGUGCCUGAUGGAUCUCUGUGGCAAGGGAAGAUUUCAGCAAAUUCUGCUGGUGGGCAGAGAAUGUGUGAAGCUGCACAGUGUCGCAUGGUGCUGGGGUGGGGUCUUCCCCCACUGCUGUGACCCUGGAGGACUUGAGCAGUUUGUGUACCAAUAUGAAGGUCGCUGUUGUUACACAGCACCCAGCUACUGUGGGAACUGUGGUGCCUGUGCCCAUCCCAGUCCUGGCAUCCUACACACCCAGGGCCUGCUGCUGCCACCUUCUACACUGAUGCCACUCCACUGAGCUUCCUGGGAUGGCAUCAAUGGAGUAGGAGGCUCAGUAUAGGCUGUUACAUUCCUGUGCCUACAGUGUCUGUGGUCCUGAAGGGGUUAAAAGCCUGCCUGCUGGAGGCACAGCAAGGGGAGACCCUUGAGGAAUCCUGACAAGUGCAGGGAGCUGAGUAGGGCUGAGGGUGCCCAGUCUCGGCUCCCUACGCCUCGUGGCAGCCGUGGCUUCAGCAGCCAGUGAGAGACAUGCUCACUGGCCAAGGGGGAAAGUGAAGGUGCAAGCAGGGGGGCUGGAGGGUCCAGCCCUAGAAGCUACUCACUUCCAGAAGGGCUAGCAGAUGUGCUGAUGCCAUGGGAAGAAGACAGAGUGAGAAGGACUCAUGGUCAGGCAGAGAGCGCUUUUGACACCGGUCUGUGGGCCUGAUCCUGAGCAGUGCUGAGCACCUGUCUCACCUUUGGAAGUCUCAGCAGAACUCAGGGUCAGGCCCUGUGCAUUUCCCACCACCCGCAUCCCCACUUUCUGCCAGAUGUGCUUUCAUUGCCACAUAAGUUCUGUACCGAGGCAGCUGUAAGCUAGUGUGCAGGCUCCGGCUUGCCCCUGGGGCUUGGUGCUCUGAAUUUUGUGUACACAGGUAUUGCAAUGGCUUGCUGGGCCCCUUUAGCCAUCACACAGGAAAGGAAGGCAGGAGGGACUGUGUAUAUGUGGACACAGCACUUCUCCUGGAAAGCUGGGUGGCCUGUGGUUCCUGGCCGAGGGGGAGCUCGGAGCUGGUAAUCCCAGGAGUCCCUCGUGGCUCCCCAGAGCAGGGCAAAGCUGCAGGAGAGGUCUGGCCUGUCCCUCCCUUUGGUCUGUACCUGCUUGGCAUGGAUGCCUUCCUUAGUGCCCAGUUCCCCAUAGGAAAGCAGAGGGGUCUGUUAUUGCGAACGCAGCUAAAAUAUAUAAUCUUGCUUCUUUAUUACGAGCAUUUGCUUUUUAUUGCUCAUUGCACGCCUGUCCUGUCUGCAGCCCGGGAUUCUCCCUGCUGCCUGUGGGGCUCAGGGCUUGGGGCCUGCUCCAACCCCUCAGCUGGAGCCCAUGUCAAGGGUGGCUUUGCCAGGUGGCAUCUGGGCUCCAUCCCAGGUUCCUUUUUUUCUCUGUUGGGUUCUCUUCAAGCACUGAGAAGAUGUUCCUGGAGUGCCACGCUGACACCAGGGUGGGGCAGGAAAAGACAAAGCUGGAUGGGCUUUUGCCAUUUCCAGGCUUCCUGGGCCCCAGGAUGGGAGCACAGACCAAGAAGGCAGCUCCAAUCUACCCGCCCUGCCAGCCCCAUCAGCUCCAACCGCUGUGGUGGGAUAUUGAACUCCAAGCAGUCCCAAAGGAGCCUGGGGUGGGCAAGGGGGAGCCCAGCCUACCCCAGGUUUCGAUCAGUCCUCUGCUUGCUGCCAGAACUACAUGUCUCAGUCCCAUUAGACUCCCCCAGCCCUGGGCCUGCCAGCAGCAGACAUGUACUGGAUUGUAGCAGCCCCCCAGCCCAGAGCCUGGCCCUACUGCCCAGGGGAAUCCCUCUAGCAAGGGUGGGGAUCUUGAAACUGGCUGUAGCACGAACUCCUGCUUCCAGACCACUCUGCAGGGGAAGAGCCCUGCAGGCCCAGGGCUGGUGGAGGAGUAUCUGGGACGAGGUGGUUGUCCAUAGGCGUUCUCCAUUUCUAAGGGCCCAUCUAUUGUUUUUUACAUAUCUAUUUUUUCUUACACAGAAGCUGUAGCCUAGAGUACCUGACAUCCAGGGCAUGGGCAGGCAUUAGCCUCAGGAGGUUGAAGGACAUCUGGGUUUGGUACCACACUUGGCAUUGCUGACCCCCCACUGGGGGAUGGAGCGAUGUUUGUCUAUGGAGGGGGGCAGAGAUCGUGUCCAAGGCCCCCUCCCAUGCCAGGGUGUGACAUGUAGCUGUGGGGUGAUGGGAGCUUAGAUAAAGCUUUAUUCGUUUUCUAUGACUGCAUCCUGGUGAGCAGCUCAACUAAUAAAGUUUCUUUUCUAAAAGGACAA